UGAUUUCUUAUUUAUUAUAAGUCAAUCUUAUUACAGGUGGAUCUCCAGGUCCUGGGGGCCAACUAGCAGGAACCAACCUCCAGGUGACAGUAAUGAUUCCAUUUAAUGAUGAUCCCUUUGGAAUUUUCAUCUUGGAUCCAGAGUGCUUAGAGAGAGAAGUUGCAGAAGAUGUCCUGUCAGAAGACGAUAUGUCUUAUAUUACCAAUUUUACCAUUUUGAGGCAGCAGGGUGUGUUUGGUGAUGUACGAGUAGGCUGGGAAAUACUGUCCAGUGAGUUCACUGAUGGUUUGCCCCCAAUGAUAGAUUUUUUGCUAGUUGGAAUUUUCCCCAGCACUGUGCAUUUACAGCCGCACAUGCGGCGUCACCACAGUGGAACAGAUGCUUUGUACUUCAGUGGAGUAGAGGGUGCAUUUGGAACUGUUCAUCCAAAAUACCAUCCUUCCAAGAACAACUCAAUUGCCAACUUUACGUUUUCAGCUUGGGUAAUCCCCGAUGCCAAUACAAAUGGAUUUGUUAUAGCAAAGGAUGAUGGUAACGGAAGCAUCUACUAUGGGGUAAAAAUUCAAACAAACGAAUCCCAUGUGACACUUUCUCUUCAUUACAAAACUUUGGGUUCCAAUGCUACAUAUAUUGCCAAGACAACAGUCACAAAAUAUUUAGAAGAAAAUGUUUGGCUUCAUCUUCUCAUUGUCCUGGAUGAUGGUAUAAUUGAAUUCUACCUUGAUGGAAAUGCGAUGCCCAGAGGAAUCAAGAGUCUGAAAGGAGAAGCCAUUAUUGAUGGGCCUGGAAUGCUGAGGAUUGGGGCAGGAAUGAAUGGCAAUGACAGAUUUACAGGUUUGAUGCAGGAUGUGAGGUCCUAUGAGCGGAAACUGACUGUUGAAGAAAUUUAUGAACUUCAUGCUAUGCCAGCCAAGAGUGAUUUACAUCCUGUUUCUGGAUAUCUGGAGUUCCGACAAGGAGAAACUAACAAAUCAUUCAUUAUUUCUGCAAGAGAUGAUAAUGAAGAGGAGGGAGAGGAAUUAUUCAUUCUUAAACUAGUCUCUGUAUAUGGAGGAUCUCGCAUUUCUGAAGAGAAUACUACAGCAAGAUUAAUAAUACAAAAAAGUGACAACGCCAAUGGCUUGUUUGGUUUCACAGGAACUUGUAUCCCAGAGGUAAGUAGUGCGCUUGGGGGAUUUUGGAGUUAAAAGUUCACUGUAGGUAGAUUUGUUUG